AUGUUUCUCAUUGUAUCUGUGUCACAACCUAAUACUUACAUCCCUGUCAAGCACUUCUUCACAUCCCUUCUUUUCAGCUCUCCGCAACUCCCAUUCUCCGAGACCCAGAAGAAAGCCAUACUCAAUUGGGCCAGAAGUCUUGGUGCUCAAAAUGUCCCCUCGCUGGGUUCGAUGAAGAAGUGCCACACAUACCUGGAUAGUCUUGUCAGCAAUCCGACUCAGCAAGUCACAUCUUGUGCUGGCGACAUAUUUUACAUCAACAACAUCGCAGAAGCAAUCGCAAAGGACUACGCAAAUCCACUUACUCGGUUUGCAAUGAAGGAUUACCCCGAGGAUGGUGGUGAGGGGAUGUCGCAAGUAUUCAAUGGGAAGAAGAUGUUGCUCGAUCUUCUGUCACCACCGGCGGUUCGAGUAGAUGGAACGAUUUACUUCACAGAUGAACUCUUACAGGAUAACUCUGGAGACUACUUUAUUCCAGAGCGCUUUUUUUAUGCCUCGCCUCCUGCAGACUCAGAUGGCGAUGACACCAAACUCCAUGAGCAUGCAGAUGCGAAGCCCUUAUAUGCACUUGGUUGGGCAGUCGAACGAACGGAGGCCGGAUUCAUUGUUCAUGAUGAGCAAGAGAUCAUUCCUACAUCCGCAUUUGUAAGGUCAUUUGAAGACAUAGCUGCGACACAUGAUGAACUUGAUUGUGGGCUUACAGGUGUGUUAUGUGCCCAUCUGUAUCAGAAAUCACAGGACUCACAUGAUAACAGCCUCAUCCACCAAAUAUGCGUCACUUUUGCCAAGUCCAAUGCGUAA